UGCGCACAACCCCUAGUCACUUGGCGACGUGUACCGGUGGGUUGACGUUCUCAGGUAGCUGACUCUUACUGAACGUGCUGGCAACCAAAAAUACCGAUACAGACUUUAGAGCUUUGCAGAAUGGGAGGCUCUCAGAGUGUGGAAAUACCAGGUGGAGGUUCGGAGGGAUAUCACGUCCUCAGGGUUCAAGAGAACUCUCCUGGUCACCGUGCAGGACUGGAGCCCUUCUUUGACUUCAUUGUCUCAAUCAAUAACACGAGACUGAACAAAGAUAAUGACACUUUAAAGGACUUGUUAAAGUGUAGUGUGGAGAAACCCGUGAAGAUGCUGGUUUAUUCCUCAAAGACUCUCCAGCUGCGCGAAUCCACCGUCACACCCAGUAACCUGUGGGGAGGACAGGGCUUGCUGGGUGUCUCCAUUCGGUUUUGCAGCUUUGAAGGAGCCAAUGAGAACGUUUGGCACGUGCUGGAAGUAGAGCCAAAUUCCCCAGCGGCCCUUGCAGGUUUGAGGCCCCACACCGACUACAUAAUCGGAGCAGACACCGUUAUGAAUGAGUCAGAGGACCUGUUCUCCGUAAUAGACAGUCACGACAUGAAAGGGCUGAAGCUGUAUGUGUACAACACGGACACGGACAACUGCAGAGAGGUGGUCAUCACGCCCAACAGUUCAUGGGGAGGAGAGGGCAGCCUCGGGUGUGGCAUUGGCUAUGGCUACCUUCACAGGAUUCCCACCAGACCUUUUGAAGAGGGGAGAAAGAUCAGCUUCCCUGGGAGUAACCCCAGUGACAAUGUCAGUCUACUGAAGGAUGGUUUCACUGAGGUUCAACUCUCCGCAGUGACCCCUCCUCCUUCAUCUGUCGCCCCUACGGGUCUCGACAAUUCCCUGUCCGGCAUGCCCAUCAAUGCAGCCCCGCCCACGAUGCCCACUGAGCUACAAACAGGUUUGCCCACGGUUCCCCUCCUUCCCUCAGCCACCGGUCAGUCCUUCAACCCCCUUGCUCCACUGAAUCCGGGUGCUGCAGGUUUCACUCCUGCCACUACACUACCAGGUCUGAUGACUCUCCCGGGGUUACCGCCACUUCCCAAUCUCCCCAAUCUAAACCUGCCACUCCCGGACCUCAGUGCGUUGUCACUAGCGGCCACCAGCAGUUUACCACCGGGAACAACUGUCCCAUCACUGGCUCCUCUUCCACCCCUCAACCUGCCGGGUCUGGCCCCUUUCCCGCCUUUGUCCACUGUGCUGCCCACCCAGGUGCCUCCUCUGCUGCCUCAGGCAGUGGCUUUCAUACCCAGUUCCACCACCACCACCACCGCCGCCCCAGCGGCUACAACUACAGUCACACCCACACUGGCAGCUAGCAUCCCCGACUCCACGCCAUCCACCGAAGCCAUCACCACGGAAUCCUCAGCUCCCACAGACGUAACACCGGCAUCAUCAUAACCGGGAAAGAAAGAAGCGUCUGCCAUCAAAACCAAAUGGGUUCCUGUUUCUUCUUCUCUCUCUCUCUCUUUUUUCUGUGUUGUUUUUUUUUUUUUCGUUUUUUUUUUGUUUUGUGUUCUAUUUAUUUGGCCAAGUGAGACAGGCACGUGGCUGCGUCGAGAUCAGACACAGGUCAGAAGGCUCGAGGGUGAAGGGAUGUCGCGGUUGUACACGGAGGUUUCUGCUCAUCGACUGAUUGUUGACAACGUGCGGUUCUCCUCGCUCGUCGGUGACAUCGGACGCGCUCGUUUUUCAAUUUUUCCUGAACUGCUACACAUAACACUAGGUUACUUUGUCCAUCCGCAACCAUGUAACCGACUGUUUAGUUAAAACAACCCCCACCUCUAGAUUUUUUUUUUUUUUUUUUUUUUUGUGAUGAUUCAGGCUGUAUAUUAAUUUGGUUAAUUCUUCAACUGUGUCUAUAUGCAUUAUUUUGCACCACCCACUGUGUUUUGAAUGAUUAGUUUUGUUUUUUUUUCCUCCACCCCCACCACCUUUUGUUUUGUACUCCUCCAAAAAUUGUAUCAAAAACUUCAAUGUACAUGUGUGUAUACCAUAAACACAGAUAAUAAGAGAAAAUAAAGUCCAUGCCAGGACGAGGCUGGUAUUCCUAGAGCUUGAUGAGAUGCCAAGUGUGUUUGAUACAGUGUUUAACAGUCAGUACUAAAUUUAUUACAAGAAAAUUUAGUAACCGUGGACCACCUCCUCCUGGCAUGGCUCAGACUGAUUGGUGAGUUGCAUUGACGCAAUUACAGCCACAGGGUGUCGCUGUAACAAGAUCCGGGGUGACAACCAACUGCAGUACGCACAGUGCAAGCAAUAAAGGCAGGGCUGUCCCGA